AUGAGUGAUGACGAUUCCGAUCAAGUUAUUCUAGCUAUCACUAAAGUUGGAUGUAUGAUUGCAUUUUUCUUGUUGAUCCUCAUCGUAGGUUGUCUGCCAAUUAGACUCAAAGCAUUCAAAUCCAAUAAGAAACUAUUGGCAGACAUGGGAGCAUUUUCUGGAGGUCUAUUUCUUGCAGUGGGCUUAGUUCAUUUGUUACCAGAGGCAGCGGAUAAUUUUGAUUCGUCUUUUAAGGAUGAUGAUGAGCAUUUUCCAUUCGCUUAUGCAAUAUCAAUAUUGAGUUUUGCGCUAAUACUUUUUAUUCAAAAAAUAAUAACAGAUCAUCAUCACGAUCAUGGACAUGAUGAGGACCAUCACUAUCAUGAAAGCAAUUCCAAAAAUACUUAGGUUUAAGAUUAAAAUCAGCUUUUUGUGAAUGGUAGUGUCGAUACAGAAGCACUUUUGGAGAAACACAAUACUGAAGAAACUUUUAAAGAUGCUCUAAAUACUUAAUUAAUAGUAGCAAAGAAAGCAUCAUUUGUAUAAAUGGUCAAAAAAUAAACAGCGCAGGAUCCAAAAAACUCAAUUGUUUAUUAGGACGUAAACACAUGGGCUCCUUACAUCUUGCAGAUAGCUGUUGGGAUCCAUGCUGUUUUUGAGGGAUUGUCAAUUGGUAUUCAGGAGGAGGUUUCUUUGUGCGUAGGGAUAGCAUUAGUGGUGUGUUGUCAUAAAUGGGCUGAAGGGAUGACGUUGGGUCUUGCAUUUAGGAAGGCAGGAGUCAAUAAGACAACCUCUACCUAUAUGAUAUUGAUUUAGUAAAUAAUGAAUCCAAUUGGAAUAGGAAUUGGGUGGAUUAUGGCCGAUAAAGGGCCGUUGUAUACAGGGAUAUUUGUAUCAAUAUCAGUGGGGACAUUUAUUUACAUUUCCACAAUGGAGACAUUGACAGAAGAGUUUUCAAUUGCUCAAUAUAAAUGGGAGAACAUUUGUAUCAAGUUUGUGGUUUUAGAAUAGGCAAUGGGAGGAGAUUGA